AAUCAUUAGUCUCUUAGUUCCCCCCCUUCUCAUACUCACUCCCAAAUCCCAAUUCCCAAAUCAAACACACCUAAUUUCAUUUCAAUUCCAACUCAAAACCCUCAAUUCUUCCUCAAUUUAGUAUCUACGAGAAUUCUAUACUGACACUGUUAGUUAGCUAAUCAGUGAAGUAUCUUUAUUAAUUCUACUAUGUCAACGUCGGCAGCUGACGGCAACGGUGAUGGAGGAGCAAUUAUAGAUCCUUCUCAGAGGGCCGGAGGCAACGGAAAUAAUAACGGUGCGUUGGGGGUGAAGAAACCGCCGGCUAAGGACCGCCAUAGCAAGGUCGACGGCAGAGGCCGCCGUAUCCGCAUGCCUAUUAUCUGCGCCGCCAGGGUUUUCCAGCUGACUCGUGAGCUUGGCCACAAGUCUGAUGGACAGACGAUUGAGUGGCUUCUACGCCACGCGGAGCCGUCGAUUAUAGCCGCCACUGGUACUGGUACUACCCCUGCCAAUUUCUCCACCGUCUCUGCCUCCACCCGUAGCUCUUCUUCCGUCUCUGCUGCCCUAGACCACAAGUCUCAUUCUCAUUCUCAAUCUUUGCUUGCACCGACGCCGUUCCUUCUCGGUAAGCGUCUCCGUCCAGACGAUGAAGAACAACACCAACACCACAUCUCGAAAGAUGAUGUUACGGCUGCCGUGGGUCCCACGGUGGCUGCUGGAGGGUUUUGGGCUUUGCCUGCCAGGUCAGAUUUUGGACAAGUCUGGAGCUUCGCUGCGCCUCCUGGUGAAAUGGUGGUUGCAGCUGCCGCAUCGAAUAAUCCCCAGCAGCAGCAGCAGCCUUCGGCUUCCUUGAGGUUUCUUCAGCAGCAACAGCCGUUGGGGAUGGGUGAAGCAUCAGCUGCAAGGGUUGGUAAUUACUUGCCCAUAGCUCAAGUACAAGGGCACCACCUCAAUUUGCUGGCAUCUUUAUCCGGCCAUCCACCUCAAUCCUCUGAACAACGAAGGGAAGGUGAUGCGAAUUGAUUGUUAGUCGGAAUGUAUGCCAAUCAGAGUGCUGUAAGAGAAUCCAAUUCGUCGUUUAUUAUUGAUCAGAUGUUGUUGGUCUGCCUAACGAGUGUUGUUAAUAUUGCAUAUGCAUUGUAUGUUAAGUCAGCAGUUGUCUUUUUCGUUGGUUAGUUGCUUCUUGUGUUUUUAGAAGACACAAGAUAAGUCCAAUCCCGUAAUUAUCUAGCUCUAGCUUCAGUAGAAAUAAGGUGUUUGUUAUUGUGCAUUGCAUAAUUUGCAUUGUGGUUUCAUGGUAAUGAUGCUGGUAUUGACAAAUUCAAUCUCCAGUAUUUGUGUUCAGAUUUCUGAGUGCCAUUGUAGUUUUUGCUUGGUUGAUUGAGUACCUCAAUUCAUGUAAGAUUAUUAGACCAAUAAAUAGAAAUUGCUUAUGGCUGUCUUGCCUAUUGCUAUA